CCAGUGCUGGCUGAGCAGGGGGUGCUACAUCCCAGGAGUGUUUUUGGGGUGAACCCCAGCACUGACACCCUUCACCCACAGAAUUCCAUGAACCUGCCCCCGGACAAGAUGAAGCUGCUUAACCAGUAUGACAACGAGAAGAAGUGGGAGCUGAUCUGUGAUCAGGAGCGUUUCCAGGUGAAGAACCCUCCAUCUGCCUACAUCCAGAAGCUGAAGAGCUACUUGGACACGGGUGGUGUCAGCAGGAAGUUCAAGAGGCGAGUGCAGGAGUCGACGCAGGUGCUCCGAGAGCUGGAGAUUUCCCUGAGGACCAACUACAUCGGCUGGGUCCAGGAGUUCCUCAACGAGGAGAACAAGGGGCUGGACGUGCUGCUGGAGUACCUCGCCUUUGCCCAGUGCUCUGUCGCGUAUGACAUGGAGAGCGCAGAGAACAGCACCGGCUCUGACAAGAGCAAGGAGCGCUCGCUGGAGGAUCUGAACAAAAGCACCUCCUCGUCCCCCACGCAGGGCUCCUCCAAACCGCGGCCUCUCACUGUAAGGCUGAACCCCUCGCACAGCAGGAAGGCGCUGCGCAACUCGCGGCUCGUGAGCCAGAAGGACGAUGUCCAUGUGUGCAUCAUGUGCCUCCGCGCCAUCAUGAACUACCAGUCUGGCUUCAGCCUGGUGAUGAACCACCCAGCCUGCGUCAACGAGAUCACCCUGAGCCUCAACAACAAGAGUGCCAGGACCAAGGCUCUGGUGCUGGAGCUGCUGGCCGCCGUCUGCCUGGUCCGAGACGGCCACGACAUCAUCCUGGCUGCCUUCGACAACUUCAAGGAGGUCUGUGGGGAGAAGAACCGCUUCGAGAAGCUGAUGGAGUAUUUCCGAAAUGAGGACACCAACAUUGACUUCAUGGUGGCCUGCAUGCAGUUCAUCAACAUCGUGGUGCACUCGGUGGAGAACAUGAACUUCCGCGUGUUCCUGCAGUACGAGUUCACCCACCUGGGGCUGGACCAGUACCUGGAGACUCUGCGCCUCACCGAGAGCGACAAGCUGCAGGUGCAGAUCCAAGCCUACCUGGACAACGUCUUCGACGUGGGGGCCAUGCUGGAGGACUCGGAGACCAAGACGGCGGUGCUGGAGCACAUGGAGGAGCUGCAGGAGCACGUCAGCCAGCUGACGGAGAAGCUGCAGGAUGCAGAGAACGACUCCAUGGCCAAGAUAGCGGAGCUGGAGAAGCAGCUGAGCCAGGCGCGGCGGGAGCUGGAGGCGCUGCGGGUGAGCUGAGGGGAGGCUGGGGCUGAGGGACGGGGCUCGGAGCCCCCCCCCCCCCCCCCCCCCCCCCCCCCCCCCCCCCCCCAGCCCCAGGAGUGCUACCGGCUGGCGCUGGAGCGGCGGCUGGCGGAGCUCGAGGAGAAGGGGCUGGUGCAGAUCCUGCGUGGGCCCGACGGAGACGUCGCCAUCGAAAUUGUCCCCGUUGUCAUAGAAACCCCCGCAGCCCCCGUGGUUUCUGGAGAGGCCACCAGCGCCACCAGCGCCACCUGCACAGAUGCUCCGGCUCUGGCUCCAGCCCCACCUCCCCCCCUCGGUGGGGAGCCCCCAGCCGGGCCGGGUGCCCCCCCCACUGCCAGCGGUUCAGUGAAGGUGAAGAAGCCGAUCCAGACCAAGUUCCGCAUGCCUGUUUUCAACUGGGUGGCCCUGAAGCCGAGCCAGAUCGACGGCACCGUCUUCACCGAGCUCAACGACGAGAAGGUGCUGCAGGAGCUGGACAUGAGUGACUUUGAGGAGCAGUUCAAGACCAAGGCACAGGGCCCCGCCCUGGACAUCAGUGCCCUCAAGGCCAAGGCCACGCAGAAAGCCCCCAGCAAGGUGACCCUGAUGGAGUCCAACCGGGCCAAGAACUUGGCCAUCACCCUGCGCAAGGGCGGCCGCAGCGUGCAGGACAUCUGCACGGCCAUCGAGACGUACGACCAGCAAGCCCUGAGCCUCGACUUCCUGGAGCUGCUGCUGCGCUUCCUGCCCACCGAGUACGAGCGCACCCUGAUCGGCAAGUUCGAGCGGGAGCAGCAGCCGCCGGAGGAGCUCUCGGACGAGGACCAGUUCAUGGUGCGCUUCAGCAAGAUCCCGCGGCUGGCCGAGCGCAUGAACGUCAUGAUCUUCCUGGGCAGCUUCGGGGACACGGCGCAGCUGCUGAUGCCGCAACUCAACGCCAUCAUCGCCGCCUCCAUGUCCCUCAAGUCCUCCAGCAAACUGCGCCACAUCCUCGAGAUCGUCCUGGCCUUCGGGAACUACAUGAACAGCAGCAAGCGUGGAGCUGCCUACGGCUUCCGGCUGCAGAGCCUUGAUGCGCUCCUGGAGAUGAAGUCAACAGACCGCAAGCAGACGCUGCUGCAUUACCUGGUGCGGGUGAUCAUGGAGAAGUACCCGGAGCUCACCGGCUUCCACACCGAGCUGCACUUCCUCGACAAGGCAGGCACAGUGUCCCUGGAUGGUGUCCUGCAAGACGUGCGGAGCCUGCAGCAGGGCAUGGAGCUGACCCGCAGGGAGUUCAUGAGGCAGGACGACAGCCCCGUGCUCAAGGACUUCCUCAAGGUCAACUCAGAGGUGAUGGAGAAGCUGCAGGCUGACAGCAAAACCGCCAAGGAAGCCUAUGAGUCAGCUGUGGAGUAUUUCGGGGAGAACCCCAAGACCAGUCCCCCCACCACCUUCUUCCCCAUGUUCAUGCGCUUCAUCAAAGCCUACAAGCAAGCAGAGCAGGACAUCGAGCUGUGGAAGAAACAAGAGGCUGCAGCCAAAGAGGCGGAAUCCAGCUCCCCUGGCAGCGAGCAGCAGCCCGAGCUGCCUGUGCAGAAGGCCAGGAGGCAGCAGAUGGACAUGAUUGCUGAGCUGAAGAAGAGGCAGAUGGUGAAGGAGCCGCUCAUCUACGAAGGCAAAGAUGGAGCCAUCGAGGAUAUAAUUUCAGCUCUCAAAACUGUUCCUUUCACGGCCCGGACGGGCAAACGCUCGUCCCGGCUCUUCUGCGACGUGAGCUUCAACGAGGAGAGUCCUCUGUAGAUCUGCGGAACAACCCGUACCGGCGGGGGGACAAGGCCCGCGGCAGCGCCAAGAAGCGGGCGGCGGGGCAGAGCCUGCAGGCGACG